CAACGCUGUUUGGGGAUCUCUCAAAUCCAUCACGCUUUUCUCCCCCCUGAGACUUUCUUUGUGUGUGGGAGAAAGAGUGGGGUCUUCUUAUAUUCCCGUUUUUCUUUGGUGUGCUUCUUCUACUCCACUCUUUCUCGACAAAAGACCGCCAUGUCUUCCACAAUACAUUUCCUCGAUCCGGCAAAUUUCCAGUCUCAGUCGGAUGAGUUUAUCUCCUGGCUGUCUAGUAAGCCUGGGGUAAAGAUUAACCCUAAAAUCCGUCUCGCUGAUUUGAGAACCAGAGCAGCGGGCAGAGGCGUCGUGGCCCAAUUCGAUAUUGCAGAAGGUGAAGAACUCUUUACUAUCCCCCGCGAACACGUCCUCUCGACUCAGAGCUCCAAAUUGAAGGAUCUGCUUUCCCAGGAUCUGGAAGAGCUUGGACCAUGGCUGUCACUUAUGCUUGUGAUGAUCUACGAGUAUCUUCUCGGAAAUCAGUCAGCUUGGGCACCGUACUUCAAAGUCCUUCCCCGAAAAUUCGAUACCCUAAUGUUCUGGUCAGCCUCGGAACUUCAAGAGCUUCAGGGCAGCGCAAUUGUCGAUAAGAUUGGAAGGCAAGGCGCAGAAGAAUCCAUUCUUGACAUGAUCGCUCCCAUCAUGAGAGAAAACCCAUCUCUCUUCCCACCGGUGGAUGGUCUCGCCUCGUAUGAUGGCGAGGCUGGCACCCAGACCCUCCUGAACCUCGCUCAUACAAUGGGGUCCCUUAUUAUGGCAUAUGCGUUCGAUAUCGAGAAACCGGAAGACGAGGAUAACGAAGGGGAUGAUGAAAGCGGUUACAUGACCGAUGUUGAGGAACAAUUAUCGAAGGGCAUGGUUCCCCUGGCAGAUUUGUUGAACGCCGAUGGAGAUCGGAAUAACGCUCGCCUUUUCCAGGAAGAUAAUGGCCUGGUAAUGAAGUCUAUCAAACCCAUUAGCGCAGGGGAUGAGAUUUUCAAUGACUACGGAGAGAUUCCCCGUGCAGACCUCUUAAGGCGGUACGGUUACGUGACGGACAACUAUGCUCCUUUCGAUGUAGUUGAACUACCACUCGAGCUUAUUUGCCAGGCGGCAGGCCUCCGAGAUGCCGAUAUUGAGAACCAACCUGCGCUUCGAUUUCUUGAGGACUUAGAACUCUUGGAUGACGGAUACGACAUUCCGAGACCGUUGGAUAACGAAUUAACAAGUGCUCUUUCAGACGAACUCGUCUUGUUAAUCAAAACCUUAUCCAUGUCGUCAGACCAGCUAAAGCUUCAGAUGUCAAAGAACAAACCCCCAAAGCUCUCCUUUGAUCACACGGAAGCAAUGUUACUAUCAAAGAUCAUUCAACUAAAGCAAACCCAGUAUGCAACGACGCUCUCACAGGACAAAGAACUUCUGGCACAACUCAGCCAGAUGGAGGCUUCCGCUCCCUUGGACGACAUUGCACGGCGGCGAAAGAUGGCGAUCCAGGUUCGGAUCGGCGAAAAGGAGAUCUUGCAAACCUUAUCUGGCAUUCUCGUCGCUUACUCAGAGGGGAGUGCAGCGUCGAAGCGAACUGCUGAUGGCGACAGUGACUCGUCGAGGAGGACAAAGGCCAAAAAGACGUGAUCACCGAUUUCCAAGGCGUUGUCUUUUUUGCAUCAAUAAGAAAAGUUUUCUUUUGUUACAAGUGAUAUUAAUUGUUAUUUUUUCCGUGGCUGACCUCAUAGCUUCGCUAUCCGUACAAAUCUCUAUCGACUGAUCAUCUGGGAGGGAAAGAAAGAAACACUAUGUACACUAACAAGGCAUAAUCCCAGGGCCAGGUCAUGAAAAAAGCAUCCA